ACUCCCUCCGUCGUCGCCUUCCGCGCCAGUCGAAGCGAUUCCCCAUAAACUCAGCACCGCACGGAAGCUGCCCAGUAGCGAAUCGGACCGUAUCGCCGCCGCGCGUCCUCCGAGACCCCUACCGGCCGGUCGCGAUCCGCCGAUCGCCGAUGGAUUUUCCCGUUUCCUCCUCGAUUAGCGUGGCUUGCGUCGGCGGAGCGAAUCGGCGGCGAUUUCUUCUGUUUUCGGUUUGAUUUUGGAGCUGCGGGCGAUGGAGCGGGGGAGGCGGUGGUUAGGGCUGGCGUUCUUGCUAUGCCUAUCCGCUUCUUGCGUGGCGAGAGAACUUAAGGUCAAGCACAAAGACAGUGGCCCUGCUUAUAAUCACACCCUUGCCACAAUAAUGGUGGAAUAUGCAUCUGCAAUUUACCUUUCAGAUAUGCAAGAACUUUUCACGUGGACAUGUCCCAGAUGUGGUGACAAAACUGAGGGAUUUGAGGUCAUAGAGCUUGUCGUGGAUGUACAGCACUGUUUACAGGCAUUUGUGGGGGUAGCACAGGAUCUUAAUUCUAUAGUAAUUGCAUUCAGAGGGACUCAUGGAAACAGCAUCCAGAAUUGGGUUGAAGACCUUUACUGGAAGCAGCUUGAUCUAAAUUAUCCUGGCAUGCCUGAUGCAAUGGUGCACCAUGGAUUUUAUUCUGCUUACCACAACACAACCAUACGGCCUGGAAUUCUAAAUGCUGUUAAAAGAGCAAAAGAGUUGUACGGGGAUGUCAAUAUCAUGGUGACAGGACAUUCCAUGGGAGGGGCUAUGGCAGCAUUUUGUGGACUUGAUCUCAGAGUAAAUUGUCUAGCUGAGAGUGUUCAGGUUAUGACAUUUGGACAACCUCGUAUUGGCAAUGCGGUUUUUGCAUCCUACUACAGUGAACUUGUGCCAAAUUCUUUUCGGGUUACCAAUGGGCAUGACAUAGUACCUCAUUUGCCUCCAUAUUAUCAUUAUUUCCCGCAGAAGACCUACCACCACUUCCCAAGAGAGGUAUGGCUUUAUAAUGUAAACUUGGAGAGUUUGGUCUAUACAAUUGAGAAAAUUUGUGAUGAUACUGGGGAGGACCCAUCAUGCAGCAGGUCCGUUACAGGGAGCAGCAUUUCAGACCAUUUAGUUUACUUCGGGGUGGAGUUGAUGGGCGACCCAUCAGGAUCAUGCAGAAUAGUCACAGACCCUCAUAUAAUGAAAUAUGGAACUGCAGAUCCUGAGGGAAAUCUUGUAUUAUCCAAGACUCCCGUUGGCUCCGUCUUGAGAUCUGGUGCGGGAUCAAAUGACGGGCAAAGCAUUCUUUAGGAUUAUGUUCUCUUGGGGAGAUAAUUUUCUUCAGCAACGAAUAUAUUAAAGUAGACGGUGCAAGCAUGUAGAGCAAGCUUCAUCAUUCUUUGUACAGUUCUUCUAAAGAAGACACGAUGUCGAAUAAUUCACGUGCUUCGGCUUGGAAAGGGUUGUAUAUAAAGCAGUGAGUCACGUAGACCAUCCUCAUCAAUACGAAUAAUAUUUUACUUCCUA